UUACACAGAGCGUAAAUAGCCACAGGGGAAACUCGUUCCGGUCUCUGAUUGCAUCCCUAAAAGGAAGCAGGUCGUUAGAGUUUAUAAUUUUCACUCUGCAGCCACCCAUGGCAUCCUUUUCUGCCGCCAUAGCUAACUUCUCCAGCAUUUCGCCUACUCAGUUAUCGCUCUACCAUCGCCAUAGGCUUUUCCAAUCUCAAUGCCGCCCCUUCUUCCUCUCGCCCUCUUCCCAUUUCCUUCUGAAGGAUCUUACUUUGCCACGGGGAAGAAAAACACCAGGCACCGUGAUAUGCGCUUCGUUUACUGCAGAUGUUACAUCAAAUGUGUCUUUGGAGGAAAAGCUACCUCCCAAAGGAGAAACUUGGUCUGUGCACAAAUUUGGUGGAACCUGUGUGGGAACCUCACAAAGGAUAAAGAAUGUUUCAGAAAUAAUUCUUAAAGAUGAUUCUGAGAGAAAAUUAGUGAUUGUCUCUGCUAUGUCGAAGGUGACAGAUAUGAUGUAUGCCCUUAUCCAAAAGGCUCAAUCACGCGACGAGUCUUAUAUAUCUUCAUUGGAUGCUGUUUUGGAGAAGCAUAGUGCAACUGCACAUGACAUUCUUGAGGGAGAUAGUCUUGCUAGUUUCUUGUCUAAGUUGCACAAUGAUAUUAGUAACCUGAAGGCGAUGCUUCGUGCAAUAUACAUAGCUGGUCAUGCAACAGAGUCCUUUACGGAUUUUGUUGUGGGACAUGGGGAAUUAUGGUCUGCUCAGAUGUUGUCUCUAGUUAUUAGAAAGAAAGGGAUCGAUUGCAAAUGGAUGGAUACAAGGGAUGUCAUUAUUGUAAAUCCUUCUGGUUCUAAUCAAGUUGAUCCUGACUAUUUGGAGUCUGAGCAAAGACUUGAAAAAUGGUACUCUUUGAAUCCAUGUAAGGUAAUCAUUGCAACUGGAUUCAUUGCAAGCACACCUCAAAACAUUCCUACCACAUUGAAGAGAGAUGGAAGUGACUUCUCAGCAGCAAUUAUGGGUGCUCUAUUUAGGGCUCGUCAAGUCACAAUUUGGACAGAUGUGGAUGGUGUGUAUAGUGCUGAUCCUAGAAAAGUUAGCGAGGCUGUGAUUUUGAAGACAUUGUCUUAUCAAGAGGCAUGGGAAAUGUCUUAUUUUGGUGCAAAUGUCUUGCAUCCCCGCACAAUUAUUCCUGUGAUGAGAUAUGGUAUACCCAUUAUGAUAAGGAACAUUUUCAACCUUUCUGCUCCUGGAACAAAGAUCUGCCACCCUUCUGUUAAUGACAAUGAAGAUGGGCAGAACCUGCAAAAUUAUGUCAAAGGAUUUGCAACCAUAGACAACUUGGCACUCGUAAAUGUCGAGGGAACUGGAAUGGCUGGUGUUCCAGGUACAGCCAGUGCUAUUUUUGGUGCAGUAAAAGAUGUUGGAGCUAAUGUUAUAAUGAUAUCUCAGGCUAGUAGUGAGCAUUCCGUUUGCUUUGCUGUUCCUGAGAAAGAAGUAAAAGCUGUUGCCGAGGCAUUGCAAUCAAGAUUUCGACAAGCUUUGGAUAACGGGCGUCUUUCUCAGGUGCUAGAUCCAACUCUUUUAAUAUAAAAAUGCAUGUUUCUGUUCAACUGACCUCACUCACUUCACUUGAGUGAUGUCAGACCGAAGAUUUCUCAUUUUACAUUUUGUAGAUUUUGAAAUGACAUGACCAAAUUGGAGUGCUAUUUUCUUAAUUUGUUUAAGAGGAUAAAGACUGAAGUGUCAUUUUCUUUUGUAUAUGAUUUGUUUUCAUUGUUGUGUAAGUGUUUUUAUAUCCGCAUGCUAUGGCUAAAAUAUACAAGGUACAUGCUGGAAGUCUUACAUCGACUAUAGAUAAGGCCAAUUUAAAGUAUAUAGGUGGGUGCAAACCUCACCUUACAAGUCGAUUUUAUGGGGUUGAGUCUAUCUUAGCGAUAUUUGUUGUUUGUUGGACAUAUUGUUCCACCCGUUAUCGGGCUGCUAUCGGACCACCUAUUAAUGUCUAGUCUCACGC